AGACUGUCACAUAUUAGUCACAACUGUCACACGAAGCUAGGACCUUCUCCACUAAAGAACGUGGAUUCUACUGCAAAUGAUCUCUGAGCGCUGAGCAACACGGUCAUUUUCACCUAGAGACCUGUACCAAUUUAAAAAUUAGCACUGAAAAGGUUGAACGCGCGGCUAAACCGGCAAAAGCGGCAGACACUGAGACGCGUUGUUUGGGUCCUAUUUGGCUCACCUUCCUUCUCUCCUUCAUGGCCUUUCCACAAGCUGCAAGUCGUUUCCUAGUGCCCCUUGGCCUGGCCUUUGCCGUUGUGCAAUCCAGUAUCUAUGAUGUCCCAGGCGGUUUCCGUGCAGUCAUGUUCGACCGCUUUUCUGGUGUAAAGGACAAGCCUACUGGUGAAGGUACCCACUUCCUCGUCCCAUGGCUGCAGAGAGCAAUCUUGUAUGACUGCCGGAUUAAACCUCGUAAUAUCUCAACAACCACCGGUUCAAAAGACUUGCAAAUGGUCUCCAUAACACUUCGUGUAUUGUCCAGACCAGACGUCGAGCAUCUACCCCGCAUCUACCAAAGCCUCGGCAUGGACUAUGACGAACGUGUGCUGCCUUCCAUCGGGAAUGAAGUCCUUAAAAGUAUCGUGGCACAGUUUGAUGCUGCUGAAUUAAUUACGCAGCGUGAGGUGGUCUCGUCGAGAAUACGCGCAGACUUGCUACAACGUGCCGGCGAGUUUAACAUCAAGCUGGAGGAUGUGUCUAUCACCCAUCUGACUUUCGGAAAGGAAUUCACUCAGGCUGUUGAAGCCAAGCAAAUAGCACAGCAAGAUGCCGAGAGAGCCAAGUUCAUCGUCGAAAAGGCGGAGCAAGAACGUCAGGCUGCUGUCAUUCGUGCUGAGGGUGAAGCAGAAGCAGCUGCGACGAUUUCAAAGGCUAUGGACAAGGCUGGAGACGCCUUCAUUGCGCUGCGUAAGAUAGAGGCAAGCAAGGCCAUCGUACAGAGCUUGGCUGCUAACGGGAACGUGACAUAUAUUCCGAGCAGUGGGGUGCUUUUGAACGUACCUACAAAGUAGUACUUACUUCUAGUACUUUGUACUAACGGUGAAUGGAAUCGGCGAUGACCGUGGGAUGAAUUCCCAUGGGUGAUGUGUUGUGGCAGUGAAAAUUGGAGGGU